AUGGUGCUGCUGACGAUCAUCCGCAAGCUGAAGCGCAAGGAGCGCGAGAUGCGCAUCCUCAUGGUGGGGCUGGACAACGCGGGCAAGACAACGAUCGUGAUGCGAUUCAACGGCCAGGAUACGUCGCAGGUGGGGCCCACGCUGGGGUUCAGCAUCACCACCCUGCGCUACAAAGGGUUCAACCUGAACGUGUGGGACGUGGGUGGGCAGCGCACGCUGCGCGCGUACUGGCGCAACUACUUUGAGCGCACCGACGGACUCGUGUGGGUCGUCGACAGCUGCGACCGCCUCCGCCUCGCCGACUGCCGUGACGAGCUGCAGCGCGUGCUGCUGGAGGAGAGGCUGGCAGGCGCGUCUCUGCUGGUGCUGGCCAACAAGCAGGACCUGCCGGGCGCUCUCAGCACCGAGGAGAUGAGCGAGGUGCUGGGUCUGAAGGCCCUGGCGGAGGGCAGGCGGCACUGCCACCUCGUGCCCUGCAGUGCCAAGACUGGCGAGGGGGUGCUGGGGGGAUUCGAGUGGCUUGUGACUGACAUUGCCUCGCGGAUAUACAUGUUCGACUAG